CGUUCAUAUUAUGUGUUGGUAGUGUACUUCUUAAACAUGAAUUUCGCCAUAUUUUGUAUUAUUGCACUAUCAGCAACCAUACAAGCCGGCCCCCUCCCUAAGCUACGGCACCGCCUCCCAAGAUGGGCCCGCGCCAGGCUGCCGAGACUCCGCCCCAUCAAACUGGUACAAACAUCAGAGGAGGCCUUCCACGUGCCUGAGGCUAGACGUUUCGACACCAUCGCCAUUGAUGCCAAUGAUGGGAAUAACAAUUUUGCAAUAUCAUUUAAAGGUGAUUUAAGAUCAUUAGCUAAGAAUAGUAUUAGCGAUAAUAUGAGAUCAGUAUUUGGAAAAAACGACGCUAUACAUUUGACUAAAGGUAAAAAGAAGAAUAAUAUUUUAUUGAACAUCGUAGAACAGUUGGUAGAGGACGAGAAGCAAAAACAGGAUGGCCGAGACAUUAUGGAGGUUUCCUUAGGAUUAAAGAGAGGGUUGAGAAGGCAAGGGGGACUCCCGCCUAAGUUGACUUACGAUUUCAAUGAACUGGUUGAUUAGAUUAAGUUGAAUUAUUGGUAAAUAUAUUAAAAGAGAAUAUAA